CACUGUGGAAAAAAGUUAUGAUGGAAAGAUCGAAGGAGGAGGGACAAUACUCUCCAACUAAAAGAAAACGUAAGCUGUUGCGUGGAGGAGGAAAGGAAGGAGAUUGAUAAAAGAGCUGCGCGACAGACAGUUCUUGACAGAUUUCUGCAGGUUAUGGUUCAGCUUCCUCUCUCUCUCUCUGAGGAUGGAGAGCCUAGAUGGAGAUGAACUCUGCUACCCACAACUCAACUCCUCCUGCAAGAAACCAACACAUCCGUACACUCAGGCCAUGCUGAUCUAUGUCCUGCUUUCAUCCAUCUCUCUGAUCACUGUGGCUCUUAACCUGCUGGUCAUCAUCUCCAUCUCACACUUCAGGCAGCUCCACACCCCCACCAACCUCCUCCUCCUCUCCCUGGCUGUCUCCGACCUGUUUGUGGGCCUCCUGCUGAUGCCCGUUGAAAUAAUCUACAUCGAGGCCUGCUGGUUUCUCGGUGACAUCGUGUGCACUCUGUAUUACGUUAUCGACUACAUCAUCACAUCUGCUUCAGUAGCAAACAUGGUGCUCAUAUCUGUUGACCGCUAUAUAGCCAUUUGUGACCCGAUGCAUUACGGCACCAAAGUCACAAAGAGGAGAGCACAAAUCCUGGUGUGUCUGUGUUGGAUUGUCUCUGUUUUCUACAGACCUCUGCUUUUGUACGAUCACCUAGAGAAGCCGGGCCGGUCUAACUCUUGUUUGGGAGAGUGCGUUGUUGUCAUUAACUACAUUGCAGGAGUUAUUGACCUUGUUUUCAGCUUCAUCAUACCCAUUACUGUCAUCAUAGUUCUGUAUUCAAGGGUGUUUAUAGUGGCUUUGUCUCAGGCUCGAGCCAUGCGUUCCCAUAUUGCAGCUGUAACAGCGCAGCGUUCAGGGACAGUAACCGUGAAGAAAAAAGAGAUGAAAGCAGCCAGGACUCUCGGUAUUGUUAUUGUUGUGUUUCUGUUCUGUUUCUGUCCGUAUUAUUACCCCGCUCUGGCAGGCGAAGACACUUCCGUCGAUGCUUCGUCUGCAGCUUUUGAGAUCUGGUUGGCACAUUUUAACUCGUGUUUGAACCCGGUCAUCUACGCCUUUUUCUACCCCUGGUUCAGAAAAUCCAUUAAACUCAUCCUGACACUUCAGAUACUGAAGCCUGGUUCCCGCGAGGCUCAAAUACUAUAGUGACACUCUGAGUUGUUGAAAAGUUGUUUUUUAUGAAAGGGGAAAUGUAAUAGUUUGCACCAGUGUACAACGUACUUAUAUUUAUUCAUUUAAGUAAUAUCACAAUGUAGGAAAACUCUGUUACAAGUCAAAUACAUGCAUUCAUAAUUCUACUUAAAACUACUCACAAUCUUCCCUUUCAGAAUAUAAUAUAUUUUAGUGUUAAAUGAUUGAUGUUUGAAUGUGAUUAUCAGUCUAAUGUUGCACCUGAUAAAGGAGGAUACUUUGUUUGUGAUGUACAUACUGUACAGCUUGUGAAUUUUAUCAGCAAAGUUGUAUCUUUAUGAAAGUGGAUUUGUUUAAUGUAUUUGUAGUAAUGAUCAGAAACGGACUAUUGAAGAGAUACUGAAGCUGUCAGAUAAAUGUGGAGGAUUAAAGAGGAAUGUAAAUGUUCUUUAAACGGAUAUAUUCUUUAUGAAAAAGGAAAUGUAAUAUGUUCCAGCAGUGGAUGGGUUUUCACAUUUGUAAUAGUUAAUAGUGUAAUGGGCAGGUUCUGGGGAAUCUUAUUGUACUUUACUCUUUUAACUUACUGUGUUUAUUAUUGUAUUUUACAAUGACUGCUUGUAUUUUAAGUGCUUUAUUUUACGAGGAGAGGGUUAUGAAAGGAAUCUUGUUGUAGGAUUGCUGUAUUUGCUUUUUGUUGGUUAUUGUGUUAAGGAUUUUGUAAAUGUUUUGUUGGAAUACGCGCCAUGUGAUAAUAUCAGUAACCAUGUUGGAAAUAAGCAUUCUCACUUUCCAUGUUAUCCUUGGAUUGUUUUCUAUAUCCAUAAAUAAAAUCAAUCUUUGGGGUAAU